AUGGCUUGGCAGUCUUUGACAGUCAUCCAGGUAAGCCUUGAGAAGUUAGAGUCCGAGAGCCAUGUGGCAGUGACAUGCCAGAGCCUGGCAGGUGAACACAUUGGCGUUCUCCGGCUGCAGGCAGAUGACACCCUGCAUGCCCUGGAGGAUGGUCUCCUAGGACUCUGUGCUUGGGACGGUGCAACAGAUGCUUUGCAGAUCCACUGCAUGGAAAAGCCGGAUGUGGAUUUGAACAGAGGCAGCUUGGUGUCUGAGUAUGUUCCAACUGGUCAGUUAGCAAUCAAGAGAAACAGAUUGGGCAAGUUGCUUGAGAAGUUCCACCAAACAGGAAAGCUUCUUAAGGCUAUGAGAGACUCAGCAUUCGAUCCCAGGUCCACACUCUACAAUAGACGCUGGAAGUCAAGCCAAGUGGCGGUGUCGAAUUCCGAGACUCUCGAACUUCUUGAGGCUCUUCCAAUUCCAGAGAUCAGUCACGUGCGGUUUGUUCAAACAUUUGGGCAUCUCACGGUUGAUCUGGAGAAGUGCACUUGGCUUGAUAUGAUGUUCCAUGAUUUUGCUGGUGGCUGGCAGCUGGUGAGACACGCAUAUUGCGGACAUUGGCUGGAGCUUGCAUGCUUUGUUGCAACCAAUCGAAUCCCUUUGGUGCCUCCACCUAUCGCUGCUAUGCGUUACGAUGACCGUGGAUAUCGCAUCGGCCUGAUAAUGCUAGGUCAUUCCUUUCCAAGCAAUUUCGAGGCAGAAGUCCGGUCCGUGCCGGAUGGACCACUUCCAACCUUAGACUUUGAAGAAUGCUUGCACGCACUGCUUUCACUGGACUUAAAUUGGGAUCAGGAAGCGCAUCAUGCUUCACAGAUCUUCAACUCUGCUUGGAGGACACGAGCGCCUGCCCUGCAGGGCAGUGAUACCUUGAGGCUAGUCCACGUGCAGCUGAGACUUUCCAGUGUGGGAGUCGCCGAGGUGGAAGGCGAACUGGAUAGAAGGCAGGUGGAUUGUGUAGCACGACUACUACGCUACAGAUGUUACACCCGAUGCUAUACCUGCUUGGAUGACAGAGGCUUGCAGGGGACACUGAAGACUGCUGUGGCCGAUUUCCAAAAAGGCAAAGAGCGAGGCUUACCACACUUUUCGAAGUACAUCAAGGCAUGGCAGCCGCCCGCACCGCCGUUGAUGGCGGAUCACCGUGGCCGACUGCCGAUCCACCUGGCCGCCGAAGGCGGCUUCGCCCAGGUGACGGGAAUGUUGGCCAAGUUUAUGCUGGCGAAGCAGGGCUGCACCGUGGAGCAGCUGGAAGUGCCAGAUCUCGAUGGUUUCAGCCCGCUGCAGCUGGCACUGAGGAAGAAACAUUGGGAAGCUGCCAGGCGCCUGGCCACGUGGAUCGGCCGAGAGGUGCCGGAGCUCCGACAGGUGGACGUGCAGAUGGCCCGGCGCACGCCGCUGGGCACCAAGGUUCGUGUGAAGGAAGAUAUCACUCACCCUUGA